AUGUGGAAGUUUUACAACCAGUCAGCCGCACUUUUGAAUGUUCGUUACGCUCCGACAGUGCGGAUUCUAAAGCAAGAUGACGUCAAAGAUUCGUGCCUUCGUUCGCUAAGCCAGUUUUCAACCCAUGAAGAAGACAGCCUGCAAUCCUCGUUUGCCCGUCAUAUGCUUUACCUGGAGGAGCAUCGAGCAGUCGGCGAAGGUGUCCAGGCAGCUCAACUUCUGGCCGAGAAACACGAACAGUAUGCUGAAAUGGCGCAG